ACAGAUAUCCGAUACCACAUAUCCACGACAUUACUAUCAAUAUGGAAGGUGCCACGAUAUUUUCGAAAAUCGAUCUCGUUCGAGCUUAUUACCAUAUUCCCGUAGCGACAGAAGAUAUAUCUAAAACGGCUAUAAUUACUCCAUUUGGGUUAUUCGAGUUUUUGCGAAUGCCCUUCGGAUUAACUAAUGCAGCCCAAACCUUCCAAAGAUUCAUCGAUCAGGUCGUCAGGGGUUUGACAGGAGUUCACGCAUAUAUCGAUGAUAUACUAGUAGCUAGCUCUACCAGGGAAGAACAUCUACAACAUCCACGACAGUUGUUUACGAGACUUCAAGAACAUGGUGUCACUAUUAACGUGGAAAAGUGUGAAUUUGGAAAGGAAUCAUUGCAAUUCCUAGGUCAUAUGAUAAAUUCACAUGGUAUCAUGCCAGUUCCGACAGAAAUUGCUGCUAUUCGUAAUUAUCCGUUGCCCGAUUCACAAAGAAAAUUACGAAGAUUCUUGGGGCUAAUAAACUAUUAUAGACGAUUUAUCCCAAACUGCGCAGCAAUAUUACAGCCAUUGACGGACGCCUUGCGAGGACAUACUCGAACAUUCCGUCUUUCAGCGGACGCUAUACAGGCUUUCGAGAACGCUAAGCGAGCGCUAAAUGAGAAGAUGAUGUUGGUACGACAAAAGAGCGAAGCACCAUUAGCAGUAAUGACAGACGCAUCGAACUUAGCAGUAGGAGCCGUUUUGCAGCAGUUAGUAAACGGUGUAUGGGAGCCACUUUCAUUUUUCUCGAAAAGAUUAAAUCCUACCCAAACGAGAUAUAGUACGUUUGGACGAGAAUUAUUAGCAAUCUACUUAGCAAUAAAACACUUCCGUCAUAUGGUCGAAGGCAUAAGUUUUACCGUCUAUACAGACCACAAACCGCUAACGAAAGCAUUAAGCGCAAAGCAAGACAAUUAUUCCCCGAGAGAGAUCCGACAACUAGAGUUCAUUUCACAGUUCACGUCCGACAUACAGUACGUUAAAGGACAAGAAAACGAUGUGGCCGACGCAUUGUCACGAGCAACGAUAAGCACACUUAUGGCAAGUGGAAUUGAUUAUAACGGUCUAGCAAAGUUGCAGGAGAGAGACAUCGAGCUAAAUAAACUCAGAUCCGGUGGUUCAACAUCAUUAGUACUCGAAGAGGUGCGGUUUGGUAACACGAAAGUAAUUUGCGAUACAUCAACAGGCCGACCGCGACCAUUUAUCCCGAAAACGUUGCGACACAAAAUAUUCGAAAGCAUGCACAACAUGUCGCACCCAGGAAUAAAAGCCACGAUAAAGCUGAUUAGUGAACGAUUCGUAUGGACAAACAUGAAUCACGAUGUACGUAAUUGGACACAAGCAUGCAUAAAGUGCCAAAAAGUGAAGGUACAUCGUCAUACUAGCUCUGCAGUAGGUCCGUUUUCGCACCCAGACACUAGAUUUGAACAUAUACACAUCGAUAUUGUAGGACCACUGCCCGUUUCAAAUGGAUACAACUAUAUCUUUACAUGCAUCGAUAGGUUUACACGAUGGCCGGUAGCAGUGCCGAUAAAAGACACCUCAGCUGAAACGGUAGCUAAAACCCUAGUUGAAAAUUGGAUUUCUUACUACGGUGUACCAACGAUUAUCACAACUGAUAGAGGAGCACAAUUCGAAAGUCGACUCUUUCAGCAGCUUACUGAACUCCUCGGUAUUAAACGAAUCCGAACGACGUCGUACCAUCCAAUGGCAAACGGAAUGGUUGAACGCCUACAUAGGCAAUUAAAAGCGUCCCUUACAGCCGUCAUCGUUAACAACGAUUGGUCUAAUAAACUUCCCCUAGUAAUGUUAGCUCUAAGAACAACAAUUAAACAAGACAUGGGAUGUUGUCCAGCCGAGUUAGUUUACGGAACUACUCUACGAUUACCCGGAGAAUUUUUCACUUCAAGUAAAAAUGUCCCGACUGAUGUAACCGGCUAUGUGCAACGCCUGAGAAAGCACAUGAGCGAUUUAAAAAUAACACCUCCCAGACCACAACAACGACGGGUAUUCAUACCACAGGAACUACAUAACAGCUCUCACGUAUUCAUCAGAAGAGAUAAAGUACAACCACCUCUUCAACCGAGUUACGAUGGACCAUUUAAAGUGAUAGAGAGGACAAAUAAAACGGUUACCAUAGAAAAAGCUGGGAAGACAGAUGUAAUUAGCAUCGAUCGAGUAAAGCCAGCUUUUAUCGAUAGCGAUAUUCAAUCAACAAGUACAGACUCAUCUAAGAUGGUCAUACCAGCGAAACACGAGUCCCAAAAAUCAACAACGUUAACGCAACAAAAAGACAAGACUCCGAUAACAACAAGAUCCGGCCGUAGAGUAAGAUGGCCCCAACAUUAUGUCGCUACAAUUUUCUAUUAAUAAUAAUCUACUAUUUGGAAUAUUAAUUAUAACUUCUACCUCAUCGUAUACACAUGCAUUAUUAAGCUCAUGUUAUACGUUAUAAAACUCAACGUAUCUUAUGUACCCUUACACUUAUGCGUAUAAUUUUUGUUUAAAAUGUAAAGACAAUACCACAUUACUUCUAUUGCUUGCUAUUAUUUUAUGUAACCUCACGGACGGGCGCAAACCGAAUGUACAACACACACCAACUUCAUCUUAAUUUUGCAUAAGCCAUUUUUCUACCCUAUUCAGUCUACUAUUUUUUUAUGCAAACACAGACAUUUUCCAUAUAUCUUUGUUUGCAG